AUGGCUGCUACUCCGCGCCUAGCAUUCAUCUUGGCGGCAUUCUUCGUCUUGGCUUCGACUUUGACCUGCUGCAAUGCAGAAGACGAACUGGAUCUACAGGCCCGGAUGACUCCCUGCGAGCUGAUCAGGUACUUCGACUAUCCCUGCGAAAUCAGCUACGUCACCACGGACGACGGUUACAUCCUGGAAGUGGACAGGGUGCCGCGUGGACGCCAGGGCGACGCAGCGGCUGCGGAGGAGCACAACGGGACCCGUCGCCACCCCGUGCUGUUUGUGCCGGCGCUCCUAACCGGUUCGGACAUAUGGUUUCUAAACUACCCAUCGCAGUCUCCAGGCUUCCUGUUCGCCGACGCUGGCUUCGACGUAUGGUCGAUGAACUCGAGGGAGUCGGAGCGGUACUCUAACCACCUGACCCUGACCAAGAACGACCCUGAGUACUGGAAGUUCAGUUUCGACGAGAUCGGACGCUAUGACGUUGCUGCCGGAGUCGAUCACGUGCUCAACGCUACCGGUGCGGAGAGGCUGACGGUCGUCAGCUUGUCGCAGGGCGUCACCAUUGCUCUGGUUUUGCUGUCCACGCGGCCGGAGUACAACGACAAGACCUUGCUCUACCCCUUCACCAAGGCCGGCUUCCUGGGGCUAUCUGAGGGCCUCUCAGUUCUUCUUGCGAAAUUGUGCGAGAUUUUGAGUGGCGAAGUGUGCUCAUUGGCCGUCACUGUGACGCUCUUUAGCAGCCCUUAUCAAUUGAACGAGAAUGUAGCAUAUCUGGUUGAUAUACCAUUGGAUGUCACUUUACAGGUGUACAAGGCCAAGGACUUCGUCAUGUACGAUCAUGGUGCAAAGGAGAACCGCGAGCUGUACAAUCAGAUAAAGCCACCGGCCUAUCCACUAGAGCGCAUCACUUCUCCCUUGGCCCUGUUCUCGUCAGAGGGCGACACUGUUGCCGACCCACGUGACGUGGCAGACCUGGUGGCCAGACUCGGAGAGACGGUUAUCCUGCACAGAGUGGUUCCGGAGAAAGCGUUUGGUCACCUGGACUUCGCGAUCGCAUACAGAGCCAAUGACUUCUUGCACAACGUCGCUAUCGACAUUGUCAAAAAACAUGUAGAGCAGAACAUGUUGAGCAUGUAAAAUACACAGGCUUGCGUUUCCUGCAUGGGGACGAAG